AUGAACGACGGGCCGCCGACUUAUCCAUACACUUUUGUUAAGAGCAGCGUUGACUGGGGACAGAUCCCGCACCGGUAUUUGACUCCGAGAGACCUCAUACAACUGCCGACCCGGUGUCAUGUCUCGCCGCUGCCGCGUGUGCAACAUCGUUUCAAGCCUGAAUCCCGCGAGGUACGCCGGGCACGGGAUGCGCGGAGAAGAGCCGUCCGCGAACUGACUCGCAAGUGUUGGGAGAGCUACCGCGAGUAUGCCUGGAAGCAGGAUGCUCUGAUGCCGCUCUCUGCGACUGGCAGGGAUCAAUUCUCCGGCUGGGCGGCUACGCUAGUUGACUCUCUUGACACGUUGUGGAUUAUGGGCUUCCGGGAAGAGUUUGACGAGGCUGUUGCUGCUGUUGCCGAGAUCGACUUUGGCGUGUCGACGACCUCCGACCAAGUCAACAUCUUCGAGACCAACAUUCGCUAUCUUGGAGGGUUGCUGGCUGCCUACGACCUCAGCGGUCGCGAAGUCUUGCUGCAGAAGGCCAUCGAGCUGGGAAAUCUCAUUUAUGCUGGCUUCAACACUGAGAACCGGAUGCCUGUGGACAACAUCAACCUGACGGCGGCGAAGGAGGGCACUGGGCUGUUCGUUGAGGAUCAGGUUGUGUCGGCAUCUCCUGGGACGCUGACGAUGGAGCUGGCUCACCUUUCCCAACUAACUGGGGAUCCCAAGUACUACGAUGCCAUCAAUCGUGUCGUUGACCUCUUCUUUCGCAACCAGAACCGAACGGCCCUACCUGGCUUAUUUCCACAGUACGUGUCCAUGUCCCGUGAGGAUGUGACCACCGGCGCUUCGUUUACGCUGGGCGGUGGUGCUGACUCACUCUACGAGUACUUUCCCAAAAUGUACGCCCUGCUUGGCGGUCUGGAGUCCAAAUAUGCGACUCUGACGCUGGGCUUCAUGGAUGCUGCCAAACGGCAUCUCUUCUUUCGGCCGAUGGUCCCUGAUAAUGCCGACAUUCUGAUGAGCGGCAAUGUCUUCAUCGACAAAGAAGGGUCUCCGAGAUUGGAUCCUGAGAUUGAGCAUCUUGCCUGCUUCGCCGGCGCCACCUUUGCCCUGGCCGGUCGGCUCCUGGGCAAUGAAGAAAAUGUCGAUAUUGGAGCACGUCUUGCACGAGGUUGUGCGUAUGCUUACCGGGCGUUUCCUAUGAGCAUCAUGCCUGAGCGGCUCAACAUGGUUGCGUGCGAGCCAGGCAGGCCGUGCCGAUGGGACGAAGAGAAGUGGCGGAUCGAGAAGGAGAAGCGCCCCGAGUACAAGCCUCAUCUUCCUAAGGGAUUUACCAGUGUCAAAGACCCUCGCUAUAUCCUGCGGCCAGAAGCCAUCGAGAGCGUCUUUUACAUGUGGCGCAUCACAGGCGAUCCCGAAUGGGAGCAGACCGCAUGGGAAAUGUUUCUUGCAGUGGCCAAUGGAACGGCCACCCAACUGGGAAGCGCCUCGGUGAAAGACGUCACCGUUGCCAGGUCGCAGGUACAGCACGACGAUUACAUGGAGAGCUUUUGGAUUGCCGAGACGCUCAAGUACUUUUAUCUCGUCUUUUCGCCGCCUGACGUGAUAAGUCUCGACGAGUAUGUGCUCAACACUGAAGCUCAUCCAUUUCGACUGCCAGGAGUGUCGCAAGAGGCUGCUACUCGAGCACCAUGGUAUCCAACAGCAUAA